CUUAACCUCCCUGUUGCUGUGAUGGUGCCUGGAGUCCUCGCGCAUCACAGUGAGGCCAAUGACACACACACACCGAGCACUGAAUGAUCUCUCAACGGACACGCACGAUACAUUCAACCGGGAUGCUUUUAGAAAAGGGGCCUCUGAUGUCCCAUGUGUUGAGUGUUUAUCUUAUGUGCAGAUCAGAGCUGGAGUGGUCUCUGUGGAUGAUGCUUAACGCUUAGUCAGUGCUGUUGUCCUGCGGGGCAUGAAGGGAGUCACACAGCUGAUGUUAACAGGAAAGUUGUAGUUGAGUCACUCCAGUUUAAAUUGGAGAUUUAGGAUCCACUAAAAAGACUCGGAUUAGGAUCUCUGCUAAUCCCAGAGAGAAGACUAGAGCAAGUCAGAAGCUCAGAGAAAACCCCAACACAUGAACCAAAGAGAAGCAGUGACUCCCUGUUUGCCUCCUUUCUGACCGACAAACCAGCUGAAGAUGUUAAAUGAGAGGAAGCCCCGUACAAGAAGCCAGGGUCACCGACAGCCUCAAGGAGGCUUAUUAUUAUAGCAUCCAGGCAACAAUCACAGCCUUCAUCGCUCUCAAUGCUGAUCCUCGGGCUAUUUUUAUCGGUGACACAAUGCAGCAAUUAAAUGGGGCAUUUGUGAUGAGACUGGGGGAGAUGCAGGACUGAGGGAAGAACAGCACUGGGCAUCUGGACCACACUCAUUGUUUGCUCGUUUAUUUUUGGAUAUGUGUGUAACCUUGAGCUCAGAUGGGGCCGUAAUGAGCUAAUUUUGGGACGCGGCACAGACGUUCAGGACAACAUGUGAAGGUGUUGGUGUAGUUCCAGGUCUCCUGCCAUGAGCACUUCCCCCCAGUGGCGUGUGGCAGGAUGACGGCCGUGUAUCCGGCUGUGGGGGUCUCUGUCGGGGUCUCAUCCGUGGGCCCGCAGCGUUAUGCCCGCUGGAGCCGUCAAGACAGCUCUGACAUCUGCACAGAUGAUGAGGGGACUCAGGCGCGCCGCCUCACGCCGCUGGAGAAGCUCAAUCUGGACAUGUGUCAGGAUGAGAAGAUGGUCCGAGAGCUCACCGUGGGCCGACGCAUCGGCUUCUACAAGAUACGCGGUGAGAUUGGCUGCGGAAACUUCUCUCAUGUCAAGCUGGGCAUCCAUGCACUGACCAAAGACAAAGUUGCCAUCAAGAUCUUAGACAAGACGAAGCUGGACCAGAAGACACAAAGGCUGCUGUCCCGUGAGAUAUCAAGCAUGGAGAAGCUGCACCAUCCAAACAUCAUCCGCCUCUAUGAGGUGGUGGAGACUCUGACCCGUCUACAUCUGGUGAUGGAAUACGCCGGCGGUGGAGAGCUGUACACCAAGAUCAGCACUGAGGGCAAGCUCUCCGACAUCGACAGCAAGAUUGUCUUCUCUCAGGUUCUCUCAGCCGUGAAGCAUAUGCAUGACAAUAACAUCAUUCACCGAGACCUGAAAGCGGAGAACGUUUUCUACACCUGCAGCACUUGUGUUAAAGUGGGCGACUUUGGCUUCAGCACCGUCAGCCGUCGUGAUGAGACCCUUAACACGUUCUGCGGUUCUCCGCCUUACGCCGCUCCGGAGCUCUUUAGAGACGAGCACUACAUCGGCGUCUGUGUGGACAUCUGGGCUCUGGGGGUCAUGCUCUUCUUCAUGGUCACUGGCACCAUGCCCUUCCGCGCCGAAACCGUGGCCAAACUUAAGCGCUGCAUUCUGGAUGGGACGUACACAGUGCCUACUUGGGUGCCCGAACCGUGUCAGAAACUGAUCCGGGGCAUCUUACAACCCCAGCCUUCCGACCGCUGCAGCGUGGAGCAGAUGAUGGCCUGUGAGUGGCUUCAACCAGUGGAGUUUCCCAAAGCCAUGGAGCCCUUCAAACUGGACCCGCACCAUCUGGUUGAGUCCGGGCCGGGGGAACUAGAAGAGCACGAGAUAGAGGUGAGGAACGCGCUGGAGAUGUUUGGAAUCACCGCGGAGCACAUUCGCAACAACCAGGGCAAAGACUGCAGGAGCUCAAUCACUGGAGUCUACCGAAUCCUCUUACAUCGUGCACAUAAACGGCAGGCGGUGGAAAGCAUGCCAGUGGUUACUCAUGUAGUGAACGGGACGGACGCUAAGAAGGAGCGUCUGAAGACUUACAGGAGCCUUAGACAUACAUCUAAACUCUGCAUCAUUCUGUGACGCUCAGGAGAUUGUGGCCUACAGUAAUAUUGGCAAAUAUGGUGGUAAAUCUGAGAAAAGGAGGCCGGGCAAAAAUGCUGUUAUUGUUUAACCUUUUAAUCUUUUGCUUAAGGGGAAAUAUCGUCUCACUUUUCCCAUUCUUGCAUGAAUCCACAAAAUCUUAAUUUUUUGAAUACUUGUAAGAAUUACAGAGAUUAACUUUUGUCUCUCUCUCUCUCAAACAAAAAAAAAAGCACUUGGAGGCAUGCCAUAGGCGACGCUAUACUUAGUCAACAGUGCACGAGCAGGCAGCUUCCAGCAACUGACUACUUCCUGUGAUAUCCCUGUAAAUAAAACAGGGGAACUACUUUAGAUAAUGCUGAGUUCAGACUGCAGGACUUACAAAGUAGUUGUGUCACAGAUGUUUUCACACUGCAUGACUAUCUGGGGUAGCAUUCUGCAGCUGCUGUGUUUACACUGUAAGAUGGAUCGACAACAGGGGGUUUCAUACUGUAUGACUUUAUAAUCGGAGAAUCACCAACAAGCUUUGUCUUGGCAGGGCCGGAGCAAGCUGAACCGAUGUUUUAGGCCAGGGUUGGGAAAACUUGGUCCUGGAGGGUCAGUGUGCUACACCGUUUAGCUCCAACACUAAUCAAACACACCUGAACAUGCUGAUCAGCGUCUUCAAGAUCACUAGAAAUCUAUAAGCACGUGUGUUAGAUUAGAGUUGGAGCUAAACUGUCCAGGACACCGGCCCUCCAGGACUAAGUUUGCCCACCCCUGCUUUAGGCAAACGACCAUCACGACGCCCUAAACCCAAAGGUUAAAAAGGAAGUGAUCGGCUCGUGAAGUGAAGAGCAGGGUGGGGGGUUGGGGUGUUGAGGACGAAAGUGAGGAGCAGGGGGUAGGGGUGGUGUUGGAGUGGUGUCGCUAACGACCUUGGUCGCCUCUAUGGAUGCGCCGGCCCUGUGUCUUGAUACACAAACUACGUCUCACAACCAAAUGCAUGUGAGAAAUGACACGUAAAGUCACACAGUGUUCCUUAUGUUAUUAAUUACAUAAUGAGAAAAAAGUCUUCAGUGGGAUAGAAAAGGUACGUAUUUUGCUGACCUUUGAAGAGAAUUCGCAAUUUCUCUAUAGCUGUUUUCUUUUUUUCGACCCAGUUACAAUAUUUCUCAGAUGACACAUCAAACAGACAUGGGUGCUCCUUCCACUAGUUUUUCCUUCAUUUCUGUCCAAAUAGACCAAAAAUAAGCACUUUUAACUUCUCUCCCAACCUGCCGCUGGCCUGCAGAUACCUAUACUAGUGGACGCUGCUCUCUCAUUGGCUGUAGGUAAUCGCCGAUGUCCUUUUCAAUUAGAACACAUUUUACAUGGCAUGAUUUGAAGAUUUGAAUCACAGACAUGUCCAGAUAUUUAGCAUGCUAGACUCAUCGUUUUUAAUUGUUCACUCUGUGUGAUUGUUACUCACAUAAAUGACCACCAAUUUGCCUGUGAUUUCAGGCAUUUGUCAGGGCCUUCUCAAAACCUGUCAGCGAGUUAAAAUCGGGGAUAAAAUAAUGCAGUCUGAACUCGGCAUUAGAACCUUUUGACACACAUAGGCUGGUUCCUGGAGUGUUUAGUACAUCAUUGAUUUGCUGCUAAAUUCAAAUCUGCCCUCCUGAAAUGGGUGGCAAUGAGACAGAGAAAGACAAGUACAUCAAUACUUAUAAGUACUUUCAAUGAAAUAAUGUUUCAAAUAAUGGGGGGUUGGGGUUGGGAUGAUGAACUAUCUUAUGCAAUCUUUUAGCCAUGAUUCUUGGAGAUUUUUUUGUCCACUCAAACCAUCCUCCUGACAAGAUAAACAUACAUCCAGGCUUUUUCAUAACUUUUUUCAUCCUGCAGCGAGAGCAAAUUUUGAGCAAAUAAUCAAAAGUUUGAACAAUAAACACAUUUGUUUUGCACAGCCUUCUUCGCACAUAUGUGUAACUCACAGGAAUUAUAGUUCAGCUAGAUAUAUUUGAUAUACCUCUUUUGUUAUUGUUUUUAAUUGAAAAUGAGAUCAGAGAUGCCUCUAAUAAACUAGUCUUCUAUAUGAAUGAAUGGAGAGAGUGACUGUAAGAGAGUGAAGCAAGAGAUUUGUCUUAAUGUCUUGGAUGACACACAUUUUGUUCAUAAAUGUAAUAAAGUGCUUUGGACUGUACUGUUUUGAAAAUUC